AUGAAGCGCGAUGAUCCCGAGGAGCAGACUAGCCGGACGGCUCAGAGCGAGUCCGACGACGAGUACGGCCUUCAGCUGCGGGAGAUGGACACGGAGUCCGACUCUGAGGCCGGUUCUUCUGAUAUCUAUUCCAAUUGCGGCGAGGUGGACGAGGAACAGCGCGCUGCCAUGUUCGAUGAGCUGGCUGCGAGUCCGGGCUCGUCUGAUGUGUCCGCGUUCGCACCUAAGGAUGACCCGACGAAACUAUUCAAGCGCCAGCGCACGAAUGUCACAGUGCCGGAUCCUCAGCAGGUCUCGGCUGUUGCGACCGCUCUAUACGAGUGGAUCCAGAAGCAGCCCUCCGACCUGAAGUUCCUCAUGCUGACGUUCGGUGCGGAUGAGCUAUCGCAGAACGCCCAGGUGCACGAGAAGUGCCGUCGGAGGCACAUCGCGCAGCAGUCUCUGGACAAGGAGGCCUUCGUCUCUAUGAUGCUCAAGCGCUUAGAGGGCGUGCCG